AUGACCGCGAUCACUGCCAUAACCAGCCAUAUGUCGCCCAUCGAGGAACCAAGCACCGAUGCUUUGGAUGCGGUGGACUACGAUCCAAUCGAGCAUUUGAAUUCCGUCUUCUCUCAUCCGUCCACCCUUUCCUCCGUUUCCCAGGUCUCCAACGCCCUACACGAAUGCGAAGAUGAGCUCGAUGAUGACAUCGGCUUGUUGGUGGAGGAGCAGGUGACCUCCAACGCCGACAGUGUUGAAAGAAUCCAAGCAGCCAAGGCGGACUUGUCGGAGCUGUUCAAAAAGAUCGAUGAUGUGCGCGAGCGCGCGUUGAAGACGGAACAAGCGAUCACCGACAUGACCGCCGACAUCAAGCAAUUGGACAAUGCGAAGAAGAACCUCACGCUGUCUAUGACAGCACUGAAGCGUCUGCAGAUGCUGACGACGGCAUACGAUCAAUUACAAGCUUUGAGCCGAACGCGGCAAUAUGGGGACUGUGCACAGCUGCUCCAGGCUGUCAUUCAGCUCAUGGCCCAUUUCAAGUCGUACCGAUCGAUUGACCAGAUUGCGAUACUCAGCCGGAACGUUGCGGACAUACAGCGAGAUCUUCAGGAACAAGUCUGCGAGGACUUCGAGAUUGCAUUCGCCAAGGGCGAAGUGGGCUCGAAGCGCACAAUGCUUGCGGAAGCAUGUCUAGUUGCUGAUGCUCUGGGUGAACAUGCCAGGUCUCGACUGGUGACAUGGUACUGCAAUACACAACUCCGAGAAUAUAGGCAGGUCUUCCGAAACAAUGAGGAAGCUGGUUCCUUGGACAACAUAUCCCGCCGGUACUCCUGGUUCCGGCGCAUAUUGAAAAUCUACGACGAGGAGAAUGCAGCCAUCUUCCCGGCUUCAUGGAAGGUGAAUGAGAUCUUGGCCAACGUCUUCUGUGAGGGCACGCGUGAUGACUUCAAGGGUAUAUUGUCUCGGUCUGUCCGCAGUGGACAUACAAUCGAUGUCAACCUUCUGCUUUCCUGUCUGCAAGAGACACUGGAAUUCGAACAUUCCCUCGAUCGCCGCUUUUCUCCUGCUUCGCGUGCAUCUACCGAUACAUUUGCCUCGGCCGAGCCGCCAGUGUUCAAUCAGUCGAUUUCAGAAGCCUUUGAGCCGUAUCUCAGUGUUUGGGUUGAGGCUCAAGACAAACAGCUUGCGGCAUUACUCCCCAAAUACCGAAGUCAACCCCUCAAGGUUCCAGAUGAGGAGUUUAAUUCACACAUCGUCAUUUCAUCGUCCACCGAGCUCUUCACUUUCUACCGCCACUCUUUGCAACAAUGUGCUAAGCUUUCAACUGGUGUCAGCUUGGCAGAGCUGGCAAAGGUAUUUGCCAAAUAUCUGGACCAGUAUGCCCAGCAGAUUCUACUGAACUACAUCGGUGAGCGACCAAGCGGACAUACGCCGUCCAGAGUGCCCACGAUUGAAGAGUUGGUAAUUGUGCUGAACACCGCCGACUACUGCUACACGACCUGCAACCAAUUGGAAGAAAAGAUCAGGGGCAGACUAGAUGAGAAUUUGAAACAAUCUGUGGAUUUGCAAAGCCAAGCAGACUCUUUCAUGGGCAUUGCAUCUGCUGCUGUGCGCGGCCUUGUACGGAAAGUCGAGGUCGAUCUUGAGCCAUCAUGGCGCGAAAUGCGCAAUACACCGUGGGCCAAGAUUGAGGCGGUUAGUGAUCAGAGCUCAUAUGUGGGUGAAAUGCUUUCUCGGACAAAGGAGAAAUCAUCCGAAAUACUACAGCUCUUGCACAAGCAACAAUAUGCGCGUGCUUUCUCCGAUCAUCUAGUGGAGCUCAUUUCAAGUCAGUUCAUUGGCAAUGUGUUCCAAUGCAGGCCCGUUCCAGAGACAGGAGCUGAACAAAUGCUUCUGGACUCCUACACACUAAAAAGUGGUCUAUCGUCUCUUCUCCCUGCUCCAGCGCCCGCUGGCUUUGUCAAGCGUGUGAACAUUAGCUUCUCCAAGAUCGAGACACUCCUAAAAACCCUUCAAGUCCGACCAUCACCACCAGAAGCUCUUGUCCAGGCAUACCUCAUCCACAUCGCGGACAGCAAUAAUAACAACUUCCGUAAAAUCCUCGAUCUCAAAGGCAUCCGCAACCGCCAGGAACAGAAUCACCUCGUUGAACUCUUCCAGCUCCACCGUGCAUCAGACCGCUAUGCGUCCGGUCUCCAACAAAGCAACCCUAUCCUCGCUGCUCUCCAAGGCCCAGCAACCACUGCCGUUGGCACUGGCUCGGUAUCUCAGGGUCUAAGUCUCGGCGGUGCCGCGACAGCCAUGCCCUCCCGAUUUGAUGCCUCAAUGCUCGGUUCGGCCAUCAUGUCCGCAGCUAAGGAUGGAGUGGACCGCUUCGGAAAUCCGAGUCUCAGCAACUUGGGUUCGAGUGUAGCUGGGGCCACUGGAGUCACUUCGUCCGUGUCUGGCAUGACCAGCCCGUCUGGCGCCUCGUCCCCUGCUCCCAUGGGCUCCACUCUCCAACCUAAUCAUGCGCACACAUCGUCGGAGAGCACAACGGGAAAUCUCAAUGACAACCUGAGGAACAUUGGUAAAUUUUUCCGCCGCGACCUCGGUGGCUUUGGGGGCCGUUUUGGUCGGAGCACCGAGGAUGGAUCAUAA